AUGGGCAUGGGAGUAGGCGAGCAAGUGCGCAAGAUUGAGAUCGAUGCAUACACAAUGUUUAUGAAGGCCACCGCUAUCACGGGCAUGUCGUGGGAUCGCGAUGAGCUCGCGACAAAGCUCCGGAGAGAGCUUAACGUGAGCAACGACGACCAUACGCGCAUCAGGGAGAAGCUGUCCGAAGACGAACGAGUCUCAAACCUACGCGAGGCAUGGAUAUCACGCCAAGCCAUGCACGCGGCAAAGAAGGCACGGGUGGAUCAUAUUGUCUCGCCAGCGGGAAAUCUGGCAACCAAAAAGUCACCCGGACAUUCUACACUCAAGCAAUUCUCCAAACAACAACGAUUUGCCACGGGAGGGACAUCAAUGAUGGUUGACAAUCUAAUAUGCCGUAAAGUCCAACGAUUCUGGCCAGAAGAAGGCGGUUGGUUUGACGCCAUCAUCACUGACUAUCGUCCAACCACUCAAGAGCACUGCCUUACAUAUGAGAUAAACACAGAGUCGGAGACAUUUGAGUGGGCAAACCUGACUGCUUUCAACGCCAAAGAGUUCAAGAUACUCGAAGAACGCGUGGCUAUUGAGGACUUGAAGUUUUUUUGCGAAGGCAUGAAACCUGGUGCGGAAAUGGCUACGCAUAACAGCGCACUAGCACAGACACACGCGGCUGUAGGCGGCGUUAACAGUCUCGCGAAGAAGGCAUUGAAGACAGCAGAUGCGGGUAAGAUUUUCGAGGCAAAAGGGACAUUGAGCGCGCAGGAGGUUGCACUGAAAGCGCAGCUCGCGGCGCUAGAUGACUCGGAGUCAGAUGAAGAUUGAGGAAACAUUGUUGCACAGUCGGCGUGCACGGUUGAUGCAGGUUUUGAACACAAAAUCCGUACCCAUCUGAGCAUGCGGAACCAUCAAAUACAGGGAACUGACUGGUCUAGUCUAUCUUUAAGACCAUUGGUUCACUUGUGCACU